AUGGAAGAUACUCAUGCUAUAUCUUUGAGGCUCCUAGAUGUGUGUGGCAUCAUUAAGGAUGCCCUUUUGCAAAUAAAGGAGUGCACACAUGAACUUCAAUCCAUUAUGCGCAGAAGACGAGGAGGUGACAUGAGCUUCAUGAGUGAGGUUAGAAAAUAUCUUGCCUCUAGAAAGGAUGUCAACAAGGGAACCGACAAAAACCAUGAAACUCCAGCUGUGAUCAACAUGUUGAAAGAGUUAGAUGCAGUAACUGUUGCUGUGUUUGAAUCCUUGUUGUCCUUCAUAGCUGGUUCGAAAUCAAAGUCAAGCAGUUGGUCAUUAGUUUCCAAGCUAGUGCAGCCCAAAAGAGUAUCCUGUGAGGGUGAGGAAAACUGCAGAUACAAAUGA